GGCUGCGAAGGAUAGAACCCAGCCAACCGAAUCUACCCGAUAGUGAAGGACGAAGGGGCGGGCUUGGCGCCGGAGUACCUUCUGUCCUGACCCGGCUUUGGGGCCAACUAGUGAUAAUGUCGGGGAAGUGGAGACGCUUGGAGGAAUGGUGGAGGGGGGCAGAAAAAGGGGCGCUCACCGUAGUAGGGUAUGGCCUGGGAAGAGGCAAGUUCUGGUGCCUAGGAGAGCCAGACCAGGUGGGAUCCCGAGGGAAGGGCCCCCGCAGUACGAAAACGAGCAGCGUGUGUUUCACUUUCGGCCCCCAAGGAGCGAGGAACCGAGCCGUCAGAGAAUCGGCUGCUGGCGCUUAUUCGGCAGCAGCGGAGAUUAAGCAGCUCAGAGCCGGGCGGGCCAGGCCUGGGGCGACGUGCGACCCCGGAGGUUGCUGGGCAGCCCCGAGACCCGUUGAGCACAGAAAGGAGAAACUGCGAGAACUUUCCGCACGGGGACGCCGUUUCCGCGUGUCGCCGGCCCCUGACACUAGCGCUAGCUCCUUGGCAGUCACCCUCGGUGAACCACACUAUGACCUUGGAGAUGAACGCUCGGAUUCCCCGCUCAAGUUUGCUGAGGAUUCUGGUAGUUCUCUCCCACCGUAUCAUAAUUUAAUUAAUAACUUUGUCAAGCCAGAGAAACUAACAAAGGCAGAGAUGAGGUUUAAAGAAAAGGCAGUGGUGGAAAUGAUGAAGUUGAACAAGCAAAUAAAGCAAGCUCAAAUCCAACAGGAACCGCUGAAGGAGAAAACCAGGCAGCUAUGCACUGAAAAGUUACUUGUCCAGGCUGAAAACAAAUUCUUUCUGGAAUACCUGACCAAGAAAACUGAGGAGUAUGGAAAGCAACCUGACAAGCUGUGGAACAACUAUUUACAAAAACGUGGGGAGAUUGAACGAAGGAGACAGGAAUCAGCCUCCAAAUAUGCCAAGCAAACUUCACUGCUUAAAAGAGAGCUCUUGCAGAAGGCAAAGAUCCAAUCCAAUUUGAAGCAGCAGUUGCAGGCAAUGAGUAAUAUUUCGAUAGUAAAGGAGAAACAGGAGAGAGAAAUGCAGACAUUACUGGAGGAGAAAAAGAAAGCCCAAGCUGAGACAGCAGCAAGGAAACAGGAAAUCCAGGUCCAGCUCCUCCAGGAAAAAGCAUUACUGGAGAAACAACUGAGUGAGCCAGAAAUGAGGCAGUUGGGAAAAAGAGAAAGAAAGGAGCUCAAAAGGAAGACCCAGCACUUGGAGUUGGCAGCCAAGCGGUAUGGUUUUGAGUUCUACCAUGACAUCCACAGAGAGAACCAGCAGUUACAGAAGGAGCUCCUGCAGCUAAACCAGCAAUACCAGGAGUUGCAGGCUACUCAAAGCCAGUUAAAAAAUCAGAAGCAGCAGCUGCAGCAGGAGCAGUGGUAUGUGGAGUGCUUAAUUAGGGGGAGGCAACGACUGCAAGGAAGGCACAGUUGGUGCCCAAAAGGACAGGGAGCUCCAAAGACCACACUGAUCCCUCCCCUAGGCACCAAAUCAAGGAUUAAUCCAAAGUAAUUCCUAAAAUAACACUGAUUAAGGACUGAAGCAGGUAUUCUUAGGUGCCACAUAAACCUGGUUAGGAAGACUUUUGGAUCUCAGGUUCCUAUGGUAAAAUAUCCAUCAUGAUGUGUUAGUGUGAAGGAUUAGGUGUUUUCCAGCAGUGCUAGAUUUGUGCGACUGGCUACACUUAACUAGGUUUUUCUUUAAUUAGCUCUUGUUAAUAAACAGGAUGUUCUUCAAACCUCCAGAUAACCUAAUACCAUUUGCCAAAUAUCCAUACGUUAAACUAGGUCAAGAAAACCACCUUGAGGAAGUGAAAGAACAAUUGGGUGAUUUAUUUCAUCUAGCUAAGUUAGAUCUCUUUAUAAAAAAAAGCACCAUUGAGAGAUAGCAUUUCAGAUUGACUAUGCAGUGCUUUCUGCUCUGUAAACAACCAAUAUCAGUUUAUCCUCAUUCCUUUAGGCCAAUUCAGCACACAAAGGCAAAGUGUUUUUAAGCUCUUUAUAAGUUCGUGCCAGCGACAAGGUAGCUCCUUCUGUAGUUUUCUCAGGAGUGAAAAAGUACUCUAAUAACAGCAAGUUCAAUAACCACUAGGCAGAAUGGCCUUUUGUCUGAUGCAGCCCCUACAAUUUCAGCUCUGAGUAAAUUGAGAAGGGAAAAGAAGAUAAAGGGAUGUAUAUUAGGUCAACUCUUACUUUUGAAAAUGUUUUCUGUAAAGAAAUAUUUCCAGUAUUAAUGGGGUGACUGAGUGCCUCUGUUUCAGAAAAUGUAUCAAAAGGAAGUUUAAAAAUAUUUGGACAACUUUUUAAAGAGUUCUGUACCUUCUAUUUCCCUAGCAACAUCCUAAAUUCUAAGAUGACAAGUAAGAUUACAUAAUGUUAAAUAUAGUACUUUAGUUUUAUUAAUUUUCUUACUAUAUGUGCACUUAAUAGUACAUGAAAUGCCUUUUGUAAUUAACAUGUGCCAUAUAUUUGUGCCUAUUUAAUAGAACUGGGAAUAGUAUUUUAAAUUAGUAUAGACUUUUAGGGUAGUUAUAUUUUUUGCACUUAUGACCUAUUGAUGGUUAGACUAGUGAUUUAUCCUAGUAUAGGAAUAUAACCCCAUAUUUUAACAUUGCUCCUCUAUGGGAAAAUAUAAUCAACUUUGUCUUCCUGAAAUAGUCUUUGACAAAAAACUUCAAAAUAAUUUUCCUGAAUUUCCAGUUUUAUCUGUAUGUAAAGUGAAUUCCUUUAAAAUUAGAUUAAAAAAUGAUUCUCCCUCAAUGUACCUUUAACUUCUAGCUUUAACAAUUUUUGUUAAAUGUAUACUUUGUUAUUAAGCA